AGGGGGGUGGAGGCGGAAGUGGCGGCGCCGGUCCCGGGAGUAGGAAGGAGCCGGGGCUGCAGCCGGAGUGGAGCGGCUGCCAGCCGAGGAGCAGGCGCGGCCGCGGCGCCAUAUUGCGGCCCCAAGCGGCCGCGACCGAGUCAUGGCCGAGACCUACGACUUCCUCUUCAAAUUCCUGGUGAUUGGCAGCGCAGGAACUGGAAAAUCAUGUCUCCUUCAUCAGUUCAUUGAGAAUAAGUUCAAACAGGACUCCAACCACACAAUUGGCGUGGAGUUUGGAUCACGCGUGGUCAACGUGGGUGGGAAGACUGUGAAGCUACAGAUUUGGGACACAGCCGGCCAGGAGCGGUUUCGGUCGGUGACACGGAGUUAUUACCGAGGCGCGGCUGGAGCUCUGCUGGUGUAUGACAUCACCAGCCGGGAGACCUACAACUCGCUGGCUGCCUGGCUGACGGAUGCCCGCACGCUGGCCAGCCCCAACAUCGUGGUCAUCCUCUGUGGCAACAAAAAGGACCUGGACCCGGAGCGUGAGGUCACUUUCCUGGAGGCCUCCCGCUUUGCCCAGGAGAACGAGCUAAUGUUCCUGGAGACUAGUGCCCUCACGGGUGAGAACGUGGAGGAGGCUUUCCUGAAGUGUGCCCGCACCAUCCUGAACAAGAUCGACUCAGGUGAGCUCGACCCCGAGAGGAUGGGCUCAGGCAUUCAGUAUGGGGACGCAUCCCUCCGCCAGCUGCGGCAGCCUCGGAGUGCCCAGGCCGUGGCCCCUCAGCCCUGUGGCUGCUGAGACGUCCGGAGCCAGCUCACCUGUUCUCCAGGACCAGCCCUGCCCUCUGGCUGGGGCCUAGCCCCAGGCCCUGGGAGGCAGAGCCCCUCACCUGUCCUGGCCCCAGAGAAGCUGCCCCGCCACCUAUCCCCCUUCCCUGGCCUGGUGGGGCCUGGCUGAGGGGCAAGACUGAGCCACGGGGGAAGGGGGAAUCCGUACCUGCUGCUGCUUCCUCUGUCUUGGCUAACCCCUGUCCCCCCUGAAACCCUAACCAUACUCUAAGAGUUCCCAAAGCCUGAGACCAGGGCAUUUGGCCCCAGCUUCCCGCCUGGCCCUGCCAUUGCGAGUAUGUGUUAUUUAUUGCCUGGAGGCCUGUUCAGUCCCUACUCCACCUCCAUAAAGCAUUGUUUACACCUGC